AUGCAAAUGCUAUACGAGCUUCUAGCAUUUGCAAUUGCUUCAUCGUAUGUCUUUGCGAUCUACUUUAGGCAGCCAAGCGACCUAAAAAGCAAAGAUCGUAAUGACAUCAGUGUGAUUAGGUAUAGAUUGCAGCGAGUCACAUUACUCUGUGUUGGACUCGUUAUCCUUGUUCCAUUGUUGGUUCCAAGAACAUUUAAGGACAAUAUACGACAAAUUGGCAUUAUCCCAAGCCUCACCAAAAGUGGCAGUAUUUCAACUGAUUUUAUCAAUAUUGUGUAUUCACUUUGUUUCAUCAACAUCUUAUUUGCAUCGUCGAUAUUUCAAAUCUUUGUGGAAGGUUAUCAAUCAACGAUCCAAAACGUAUUCACCACGCCAAUGAUCUAUAACUUCAGAGACUAUAUUUUUGCCCCAAUUACAGAAGAACUAAUAUACCGUGGUUUGGUACUUUUAGUCGUGUCCAAGUCAUGCCCCAAUUUCAUCAAGUAUACACCAUAUUUGUUUGGUAUUGCUCAUUUCCAUCACGCUUUACAAUUGUAUCGUAAACAGACACUGAACUUGUCGUGCAUAGCUGUGUCAACGUUGUUUCAAUUCACCUAUACGUCGAUAUUUGGAUACUUGGCCAAUUGGAUAUAUUUCACAACUGAUUUCAACCUUUGGUGUCCAAUUCUUGUACAUCUGUUUUGCAAUUUCUAUGGAUUUCCUACAUUGACAAUUGAUUCAAAAAGACCCGUGGUGCAUGCUGUUUACUACUUGUUGGUAAUAGGUGGAAUUUGGCAUACAUAUCUAGAAAUCGCUAGAUGA